AUGUCUUUCAAGGAUAAGAACGGUUCUGAUGAGAGUCUACUUCAUAAUGAAGAGGGCAGCGAGGGAACCGACUGGACCCCAUUGAAGCAGCGAGGAAGUUGGAAAGGCCGCGCCUGGUUCGCUUUCAACGUCGUUUUCUUCUUGGUAUCUCUUUGUCUCUUCGUGGCUACCUACAUGAGAAGCAAUGUGGUGUCAGAUAUGGAGCAUGUUCGCAAGACUUCAUUUUAUUCUCCUGUCCUGGACUCAAUAAACUUCAAACUGAGGCCCAUAGAGACUGAGGGUGGCUUAUUCGAAGCCCAAAAUCCUUCAAAGUGGCGCAAUUCCAUCAAGCCCGACCCAGCAGUUGAUGAAGCUUGGGAAGACCUCGAGACCAUCCGUGUGUUCCCCAUCACCGAGAAUGAGGUUCGAAGACUAGGCAAAGAUCCAGAGCUUCUUGUCAAGUUUCCGCCAGAGUAUGGGCUCGGUGAAAAUGCCUAUAUGGCACAGAUCGAUAUGUUCCAUCAAAUUCACUGCCUGAACCUCCUUCGACAUCUGGCAUGGGCUGAGUAUCACCGGAAUGGCACAGCCAAGAAACCAUUCAGCGAACUGCAUUGGAUUCAUGUCAGCCACUGCACCGACAUACUUAUGCAGAACCUUAUGUGCAAUGGAAAUUUGGACAUUAUCACAUUCAACUGGGUUGAAACACAGACAAACCCCUUCCCAGACUUUGGUGUCAAUCAUCAGUGCAGGGAUUUCGAUGCGAUAUACGAGUGGCAGGAUAAAAACUCUGUGCCAAAGGAUUGGGGACGAAAUGUCACACGACCAACAGGCGCAAAGCAAAUUCCCAUCAGCGAAGAGUAUUAUCGGAUAUAUGGAAUUGAGAAAAACGAAACCCAGAGUGAAUCUAGCCAUAGCAUUUAG